AUAACCAAAUGGAUUCGUUCCCAGCUUUCCACCAAGAAACGUAUGACGCUAAUAUGCAAGCAGCAGUGCAAAUGUUCUACGGGCAACAACUUGGCUUCCCAGCUGCUCCGAUGACACCUCAUCCAUACUCAAUCCCAGAGGCGCUAUUCAACAUGAGCCCGGAUUAUGGAUUGAACAGUGGGUUGCCAAGCUUGGGGAGCUCUGCGCUGUAUUGUGCCACUCCAGUUGAGGAUGCUGAUGCAUUUGACACCAGCUUGGAAUCGACAGAAUCCUCGAUUGCUACGACAGAGCAGCAACAAGAAUUUACUGUGCCGGAGCAACAACAAUCGGAAGCUCUUGCUAAGCUGCAUGAAAAGUUUGAUGAAGACACCUCCGGUUACACGCCACUGGACCUGCUAGCCGCUGUCGCAAAAUAUGAGGAGACCAUCGAAGAUUUUGUCUUUGAUGACGCUCCCCAAAUGAAAAGGAUCGUCGAAAACGGAAUCCCAUUCGAUCAAGAAUUUCAGGAUUGGGAAGACGUGCCAAAAGAAGAACAAGUCCGGCGCGUCCAAGUCUUCAAGGACAGCCGAGCGGCUGGGCAGAGGAAGUUGCAGUAAAAGUGAGAUAGGGGUUUCGUUGUGUUGUACUUUUGCAUCUUCUCUCCUUUUUCUAUGUUUUUUUUUCCAAAUUUUCUUAUUGUACCUUCCACCAGAAUUGCCCUUUUUUGUGUUUUUAGAGAAUUGCAUCAAGAUUUUUGUUAUUGAAAUUUGAAAAUAAAUCGGGUCCGUAAUAAUGAU